AUGGUUUUUGGUGUAGCUAACCUUCCCGAGUCCUUCGCCGGCCUGUUAGGUUCCUCCACACAGCCCAAAAGGCCUUCAGUCAAAUGGGAUCUGGGCUCGAAUUUCGACUCUGUUGCCAAGGAGACCACUGCCUCUGGCACGGACUUCCGGCGCGAGAGACUUGACAGCCAGCCGGAUCUCGGCCCCCGCGCCCAACCACAGAUCUACUUCCUGCGGCCGCGGCCGGCAAUUCCGAAGUUGUUAUUCAGCAUAUUGAAUUCCAGCGAUGCCAAUGUGAAGAAGCUUUUACCCAAGAGCCAUCUGUCUCGGGUGAUUAUUCGGGACAACCUCAAUGCACAGCGCAUCUACGAGAUGGAGAUGAAAGCUUCGGACAAGACCAAGAGAAAAAUGAGCCAUUUGUACGACCACCUGAAAAAGAAGUUCAUGACAGACCAGCUGAGGAAGAUGCUGCGCUGGAGGCGGGAGUCUCUGAGCACCCAGCAGUACUUGAAUAGGCAGCGGGGAGGCUCCACUUAGAUGGCAAGCCAGUCACGUAGCAGUGGCAGAACGAUCUGCCCCAGAACACAAAACCACCCUGGUGAGAGCUGAGGGGCCGGAACUUGCUGGCCUCCACCACUGUAGAGCAAUAAAGGGUUAGCAGCGGAUAGGACGAGAGCGCAAGUCCUUGGUUCCAGUCUGCUUUGCUCCACCAUCCCCUCCCUCCCAGGGAAAGACCUGCAGCCACCAAUGCUUGGUGGAAGAGGCGGAGUCAGGCCAGUACUCCUGGUUUGUGCAAACAGGGAAACUUUUGCACCCACAUUUGCUUUCUCUUUUUCCUACUUCUUCUUUCCCUCCACCGGCCCCACUCCCUCCAUCUCCUUCAUGUCUACCCUUCCUUCUUUUCUUCCUCAUUUUGGUCUGGAGACAGCUCAGGGCUUGCAUAUUCGCAGGGAACAUGCUCUCCCCAGUCCCGGUGCACACAUCCCCGGUGACACAUCUGCCAGCUGCGCUGCGGCUGUUGACAUCUUAGAGGGAAAGGACUGAGCAAUG